ACAUUUUCUCCAAAUUCAUUUCUCACAAUACAACAAACAACCAAUCAAUCAAACAAUCCAAACCUCCAGCCUCCAUCUAUGGAUGAACAAAUCGAAGUCCCCCACUAUUUCCUCUGCCCCAUCUCCCUCCAAAUCAUGAAAGACCCUGUAACUCUUCCCUCCGGCAUCACCUACGAUCGCCACUCCAUUGAAACUUGGCUCUUCUCCGGCAAAAACUCCUCCUGCCCCGUCACUAAACUCCCAGUCUCCGACUCCGAUUCCGAUCUCCUCACCCCCAACCACACCCUCCGCCGUCUCAUCCAAGCUUGGUGUACUUUGAACUCCUCCCAUGGCGUCGAACGUUUCCCCACUCCUAAACCCCCCAUUCAUAAAUCCCAAAUCCUUCACAUUAUUUCCACUUCCAACACUUCCCCUUCUUCCCAAAUCUCCUCCAUUCGCCGUCUCCGCUCCAUUUCCGCCGAGUCUGAAACUAAUCGCCGAUGCGUUGAAUUCGCCGGUGCGCCGGAGUUUUUAGUCUCUGUUAUUGUGGGUUCUGAUUCCUCGGCUUCUCAUGAAGCCCUCUCCACUCUUCAUAACCUCCGUCUCUCUGAUUCAACGUUUAAAUCAUUGGCUACCCGCCCUGAAUUCCUCGAGUCCUUGACCGAUUUCAUGAAAUUACAACAGGGUACUCAUGAAUCGUCCAGAACGUACGCGGUGUUGAUUUUGAAAUCAAUUAUUGAAGUCGCUGAACCAAUUCAACUAAGCUUCUUGAAACCCGAAUUGUUUGUGCAAAUCGUUGAGAUUUUGAAAGAUCGAUCAUCCUCUCAACAGAUUUUCAAAGCGGCAUUGGGUAUUUUGAUUGCGGUGAGUCCAUUGGGGAGAAACAGACUGAAGGCAGUAGAAGCAGGUGGAGUUAGGGCUUUGGUUGAGAUUUUACUGUCGUCGCCGGAAAAAAGAGUAUGUGAAAUGACAUUGACGGCGAUGGAUAUACUGUGUGGGUGUGCGGAUGGAAGAGCGGCGCUGUUGGCACACGGCGGAGGGAUGGCAGUGGUUUCGAAGAAGAUAUUGAGAGUGUCGCAAUUGGGGAGUGAAAGGGCGGUGAGAAUAUUGUAUUCGGUGGCUAAAUUCUCAGGAAGUCCUGCGGUGUUGAUGGAAAUGGCGCAACUGGGGAUUGUGGCAAAGCUAUGUUUGGUUCUGCAAAUUGAAAAUGGAGGCAAGACGAAGGAGAAAGCUAAAGAGAUUUUGAAAAUGCAUUCUCGUCUUUGGAAGAACUCACCUUGUAUUCCUUCUAAAUUGGCUUCUUCAUAUCCUACAAAUUAAAAGGAAUUUCUAUCGACAAAAAAAGAAAAAACACAUACACACAUUUUAAAACUAUUUUUCAUUUUUCUUCUCAUUUUUGUGUAUAUAAUUCAAUAGAAUUGUAAACUAUUAAUUUCUAGUUAAAUGAGAAUCCAAAGGAUCCACAUUAUUGUUUCUAUGCAAA